AUUUUGAUAGCGUUUUCUUGUUUUGAUAGUGUUUCGUGUAUAAAUGCGAUUUAAUAAACUACUGAAAUAUACAUCCCUUCCAUAAGUAUUUUGAAACUUAUAAGUUGUUUUGACACGUUACGUACUCUUUUUAUUAUAUAAAUACAUAACCUUACAAUAACAAAUGAUGAAACUAGUAGACCAAGUAGUUAGAAGUUUUAAGGUGGCUAAAGUCUUUCGUGAAAACACAGACAAAAUAAAUAGUAUAGAUUUCUCGCCGACAGGUGAAACUCUUAUAUCUUGUAGUGAAGAUGACCAAAUUGUUAUAUAUGACUGCGAGAAAGGUACACAAAUGAUUACAGUCAACAGCAAAAAGUAUGGUGUUGAUCUAAUACAUUUCACACAUGCCAAAAAUACAGCUAUUCACAGUUCUACCAAAGUAGAUGAUACAAUAAGAUAUUUGUCACUACAUGAUAACAAAUACAUAAGAUAUUUUCCUGGACACACCAAGAAAGUGGUAACUUUAUGCCUCUCACCUGUAGAGGAUACAUUUUUAUCAGGGUCUUUAGAUAAAACUUUACGUUUGUGGGAUUUACGAUCUCCAAAUUGUCAAGGCCUAAUGCAUCUGUCUGGAAGACCAGUGGCAGCAUACGAUCCUGAAGGUCUUAUAUUUGCAGCUGGUGUAAACUCUGAGAGCAUAAAACUAUAUGACUUGAGAUCAUUUGAUAAAGGUCCUUUUGUAACAUUUAAACUAAACCAAGAAAAAGAAUGUGACUGGACUGGUUUAAAGUUUUCAAGGGAUGGCAAAACAAUGCUUAUAAGUACAAAUGGAUCAAUCAUCAGAUUAGUUGAUGCUUAUCAUGGUACUCCAUUACAAACUUUUACUGGUCAUCUAAAUAACAAAGGUAUUCCUAUUGAGGCAUCAUUUAGUCCAGAUUCACAAUACAUCUUCAGUGGUUCAACCGACGGAAGAGUACAUGUUUGGAACGCGGAUACGGGGUAUAAAGUAUGUGUCUUAAAUGGUGAUCACCCAGCUCCAAUUCAGUGUGUUCAAUUUAAUCCUAAAUAUAUGUUGUUAGCAUCAGCGUGUACAAACAUGGCUUUCUGGCUACCAACAAUAGAUGAUGUUUAAAGAGUAGUACAAUAGAAAAAAAUUACUUUUGUCAUAAUCUAAGUAAAUAUACAUGUAUUAUGUUUUACUUAGUAAUUGAUAUCAUGUUUUUUAUAAACAGAAAGCAUUCAAAUUUUGUAUGAAAUAAAAAGUCUUCAGAUUAUUAAAUUAAGAAGUUUAGAAAAAUCUUUCCAGUUCAACCAACUACAAUUCUUUUAUAAUAAAAAUGCAUAAAGGUGACCUAUUACAUGCUAUGUUGAGUAUGUAAUAUAAACAUAAAAUUAAACAGUUUUUAUCUCUGUGAAACUAAUAGUUAAUAUAAAUUACAUAAAAUUUGAAGUCAUGAAUUAACAAGACACUGCUUAGCAACAAUUGUUGGGAAAUUUCUUUUUUUUUUUUACAAUAAAAAUUCCUUGUUUUUUGUAUUACCAUGGUAUGAACAGAAAGUGUAUGCAAAUUUAUUGUUAAACCUAAGAUUUUCUCUGUCAAACUUAAGUCUGUUUCAAUUAUAAAAGUUACAUUUUUUAUUUACUAGACAAUUAGCUUUAUUUUGUAUUUUAUAAAAUUAUUAUAUUUUAAUAAUAAAGCACACAUCAAUUUAGUGGUU